AUGAGCCCCCUGAAUUCAGCCAUCUUUAUAAAUGCCACUAUUGCCAAUAUUGUGCAUCCUGACUUCUUUUUCAUCAGUGGUUUUGCCGGUAUUCCCCACACAGAAUACUAUUAUGUCUUCUUGUGCUCUGUUUAUGCUGUGACUGUACUGGCAAAUGCUUUUGUCAUGUGUAUGAUUUACACUGACCACUGUCUUCACAGUCCAAAAUACAUUGCAGUUUUCAAUUUGGCUCUGUCUGACAUGUGUGGAAGCACUGCUCUCGUUCCUCAGGUGAUUGACACCUUCCUGUAUAAAGCACAUUUAAUCUCUUUCGAGGCCUGCAUGACUAAUAUGUUUUUUGUUUUUUGGUUUGUCACUAUGCAGUCUUUCACUCUCACUGUUUUGUCCUAUGACCGAUGUGUUGCUAUAUGCUUUCCACUGAGAUACAAUGAGAUUGUGACAAUUAAAUCAAUAUUGGUGAUCACAGCCACAUUAUGGAUCUUUGCAGGAAUGGCCACUCUCAUAGCUGUGAGUUUUAUCAGCACACUGUCAUUCUGCAAAUCCACUGUGAUCAAUAGUUAUUUCUGUGAUCAUGGACCCAUACUCCGUUUGGCAUGCAACGAUAAUGCUCCAAGUUCUGUAAUUAAUUUAACAAAUCCUCUUGUGAUUCUGUGGUGUCCAGUAUUUUUUAUCACAGGCACAUACAUUUGCAUAGCUAGGGCAUUAUUAAAAAUCGCAGCAGCCUCAGAGCGCCUCAAAGCCAUGAAAACCUGCACCUCUCAUUUGAUCUUGGUGAGUGUGUUUUAUCUUCCUUUAUGCUUCUCGUUUGCACUGGCCUCUAUUAUUCACCAGAAUGCCAGGAUUAUUAACAUGUCUCUAUCCACUCUAAUGCCGCCUAUGUUGAAUCCAAUCAUUUACUCACUGAAGACUGAAGAUUUCAGAGAAUCCAUUAAAAAGCUUUACAGAAGAAAGAAGAUACACAUCACUCUAAGAAAUAAUUAA